AUUAUGUACGCAGUACAACACAUCCUGCAGGAGUCUAAGCGUUUUUUAAUUCAGUAUUUGAAAAAUAUCGUUGGUUUCGAAUAUAAAAUGACGUGUGGCAUGUGCAGCCAGCCUUUAUUCGCUCAAUAUCUUAAACGGAAGUGGUGUUUGCUAGUGCACAAGUAAAAUAAGUGGUAAAGUUGAGUGUGUAUCGAAAUACAUAUUGGAGUAGAGUCGCACCAAAAAAAUGGUGAAAAUGCUACGCAGGCUAAGGCGCACUAAUGGCUCGAUUUCGCUGAGGGCAUGCUCUAAAUCCAAUCGUCGUUUUGUUGCUUUGGUACUUUGUUAUUGUAUUUAUUUCGUGUUCAUAAGAUUGAGUUCAGCCCAAGCUGAAGAGGCCAUUACAGCGGUUGAUAACGACGUGUCUCACAUUGGCGAUGAUUGUCAAGUGACACCGGUAAUUCAUGUGCUACAAUAUCCCGGCUGUGUACCGAAGCCAAUACCAUCGUUUGCCUGUGUCGGUCGGUGUGCUAGCUAUAUACAAGUGUCUGGCAGUAAAAUUUGGCAAAUGGAACGUUCAUGCAUGUGCUGUCAGGAGUCGGGUGAACGCGAAGCUGCUGUCUCCCUAUUUUGUCCAAAAGCCAAACAUGGUGAACGUAAAUUCAAGAAGGUACUAACGAAAGCCCCACUGGAGUGUAUGUGUCGUCCGUGCACCUCCAUUGAGGAGUCUGGCAUCAUUCCACAGGAGAUUGCCGGCUAUUCAGAUGAGGGACCAUUGAAUAAUCACUUCCGUCGCAUUGCAUUGCAGUAGGUGAAAUUGAAUACCAUUUAUUGUAGCAAAAUAUUUUUAAUACAAUUUUUCUG